AUGGAGAAGAGCAAGACCAAGCUAGGGGUCGAUCACCCUUCUACGCUAAUAAGCAUAGCCAACCUAGCGUCGACAUACAGGAACCAAGGCCAGUGGAAGGAGGCCGAGAAGCUGGGGGUGCAGGUGAUGGAGACUCGCAAGACCAAGUUUGGGGUCGAUCACCCUUCUACGCUGUCGAGCAUGGGCAACCUAGCGUCGAUAUACAGGAACCAAGGCCAGUGGCCGGAGGCUGAAAAGCUGGAGGUGCAGGUGCUAGAGGCGAGCAAGAACAAGCUUGGGGCCGAUCACCCAGAUACGCUGACGAGCAUGGUAAACCUAGCGUCGAUAUAUAGGAACCAAGACCGGUGGGAGGAGGCCGAGGAACUGGAGGUGGAGGUGAUGGAGACUCGCAAGACCAAGCUUGGGGCCGAUCACCCAGAUACGCUGACGAGCAUGGCCAACCUCGCUUUUACUUGGAAAAGCCAAGGUCGACACCCAGAUGCUUUAGUACUGAUGGAGAACUGUGCCCAGGCUCGGCAGCGAGUGCUUAGCGACGAGCAUCAAUACACGCUAUCGUCUUUGGCCACCGUCGCUAAAUGGAGUAGCUAG